AUGCCAUCAAACAACUCGACUCUUAAUCAUCGGAGCAGGCCCUCCAACACUCUAUUCGCCUUUGGCAUCCUCGCGCAGGUCGCGUUGCUUGUCGGUAUCUUCUGGACUUAUACGAGCUAUGGCAACUCCCGUGAGCCGACCACGUUAGCGGAAGCAACAGUUAAGACAACAACGAGACCAAACGGCUUCACUUUGCGCCACCUUAUAGAUCAUGGCGCUGGCCAAUCUGGACCACGAGCACGCAGAUUCGACGUGACACCAGAGCGAUUUGCCGUAGCUGGUCUUGAUACUCACAUCGGACCCUUCGCUAUCAAGACAGCACCGGUGAAGAUAGAACGACCUGCAUUGCGUGGCUACGAUGCACAGAUCCCCAUAUCGUCCAUGUGGAUCGCCGAAGAUGUACCGGGUCCGGAUGUUACGGACAAGAACACGGUAAUCAGUUUCGCGAACAUGUCCGAGGAUGCAUACAAGGUCGGUCGUGAUGACGCUGGAUGGAUGGACGUUGACGGACGUUACAAUUCAUCAGUUCCUUUUGGCUGGGAUGAUAGUGGCAUACGAGGUCACGUGUUUAGCGAUGAUACCAAUUCCACCAUCAUUCUGGCGGUGAAGGGAACGACUGUAGCCAUGUUUGAAGGCGAUGGAACCUCAGUUCACGACAAAGAAAACGACAACCUGUACGGCUCUUGCUGUUGCGGCCAAGGCGGGACAUAUCUUUGGCGCAAAGUGUGCGACUGUCAAACUGGCACCUACAGCUGUGACGAGCAAUGUGUCAAGGACGAGUUACGAAAGCCGAAUAGAUACUAUGCUGCGACUGUCGAGCUGUAUCAGGAGGUCCUCAAACUCUACCCGGAUGCGAACAUUAUGACGACAGGACACAGUUUGGGGGGUGUCCUGGCUUCUUUGAUUGGCUUGCAGCACGGUAUUCCUGCGGUGACAUUCGAGGCCUACCCGCAAGCCUUAGCAGCUAAGCGCUUGGGUUUGCCAGCUGCCGGCGAUGUCGCUCCCCUUAGGAAGAAUACAGGCGGCUUUCAUUUCGGGCAUACCGCUGACCCUGUAUAUAUGGGCACCUGCAACGGCGCGACGAGCUUUUGCUCAAUCGGCGGAUAUGCUUUCGAAACACUCUGCCAUACCGGGAAAAGAUGUGCAUAUGAUGUGGUGAAGGAUUGGGGGUGGAGACAGAACACGCAAACCCAUAGUCUCAGGUACGCCAUUGACAACGUGUACAUGAAAUACGACGAGGCAGCAAUAUGUCAAGAAGAAGACGUUGGCGACGACAAGCUCCACGACUGCAACAAGCACUACAUCCUCAAGGACGCGGACUGA